CGCGAGAAGAGAAGAGAAGAGAAGAGAAGAGAAGAGAAAAGCGAGAGAAAUAGAUUCUUCCUGAUUUUCCGGCGGGAAAAGAGAUUGAGAUCUAACACACUAGGCCAUUUUUCUACAGUUCUGUCCAAAACAAAAAACUCGAAAUCUAAAUACCUUCUCUUUUCAUUUCUUCUUCAUGCAAUGAAAUGGUAGUCUGACCUAAAGAACUCUCGCUUCUCCUUUCUUUCCGACAGGCACGGUCUCCGUCGUCUCGGUGUCGAAGAACCAGCAAUGGACCAUUUUAAAUAUCCAUUCAGAGGGAUCAUCAAGGAUGUCAAAGGGAGAGCACUGUGCUAUAAGCAAGAUUGGAUUGGCGGACUGCGUUCAGGCUUCGGGAUAUUGGCUCCGACUACGUAUAUCUUCUUCGCUUCUGCACUUCCAGUUAUUGCCUUUGGAGAGCAAUUGAGUCGCGAAACAGAUGGAGCCUUGAGCACCGUAGAAACUCUGGUCUCGACUGCUAUCUGCGGUGUUAUACAUGCAAUACUUGGCGGGCAGCCCAUGUUGAUUCUAGGAGUUGCGGAGCCCACUGUUAUAAUGUACUCUUAUUUGUACAAUUUCUGCAAAGGAAGGGAGCAGCUGGGGGGCCGCCUGUUCCUGGCAUGGGCAGGAUGGGUUUGUAUUUGGACAGCUUUCCUGCUAUUUCUUUUUGCAAUAUUCAAUGCCUGUGCUAUCAUCAGUAGAUUUACAAGGGUUGCAGGGGAGCUUUUUGGCAUGUUGAUUACAGUUCUUUUCAUCCAGGAAGCAAUUAAGGGAUUAGUGAGCGAAUUCAACAAGCCGGAAGGUGAAGAUCCAAGUUCUGCAUCGUACCAGUUCCAAUGGCUUUAUACAAAUGGAUUGCUAGGUGUCAUAUUCUCCUUCGGCCUACUCUUCACAGCACUAAAGAGUAGGAGGGCAAGGUCAUGGCGAUAUGGCACAGGUUGGCUGAGAAGUUUCAUUGCAGACUAUGGGGUCCCGUUGAUGGUCUUGGCGUGGACUGCGUUAUCAUACGGUGUACCGAGCAAGGUUCCUUCUGGAGUUCCAAGAAGGCUCUUUAGUCCACUUCCUUGGGAAUCUGGAUCUUUGCACCAUUGGACCGUCGCCAAGGAUCUGAUGCAAGUUCCGCCGGUUUACAUCUUUGCUGCCAUAAUACCGGCUGUGAUGGUUGCGGGCCUUUACUUUUUCGAUCACAGCGUAGCUUCACAGCUGGCCCAGCAGAAGGAGUUCAAUCUGAAAAACCCGUCCGCUUAUCAUUAUGACAUUUUGUUGCUUGGGUUCAUGGUUUUGCUUUGUGGUUUGCUUGGAAUUCCUCCUUCCAAUGGGGUCCUCCCACAAUCCCCCAUGCACACCAAAAGCCUUGCUGUUUUAGAGAGACAGCUAAUUCGCAAGAAGAUGGUAAAGACUGCAAAGGAAGGCAUAAAACAGCAAGACAGCAUCUCGGAAAUCUAUGGCAAGAUGCAAGCAGUGUUCAUAGAAAUGGACAAAAGCCCUGCUACAAACUCAGUAGUGAAAGAGCUGAAGGACUUGAAGGACGCAGUCAUUGGGAGUGGUGGAGAGGGUGCAAAGGAUGCAUUUGAUCCUGAGAAGCACAUAGAUGCCUAUUUGCCUGUACGGGUUAACGAGCAGAGGCUGAGCAACCUGUUGCAGUCCCUACUGGUGGGUGCUAGCCUCGGCGCCAUGCCUGUCAUCAAGAGGAUUCCAACGUCAGUGCUUUGGGGUUACUUUGCCUACAUGGCCAUCGACAGUCUCCCUGGGAAUCAGUUCUGGGAAAGGAUAUUGCUACUCUUCGUCACUCCUGGACGACGAUACAAGGUUCUGGAAGGGGCCCAUGCUUCCUUUGUGGAAGCAGUACCGUACAAGUACAUCGCCUUCUUUACUCUCUUCCAGUUCGUAUAUCUGCUGGUCUGUUUCGGGGUGACAUGGAUACCAAUAGCAGGGAUUCUUUUCCCUUUACCAUUCUUCCUGCUCAUAUCCAUAAGACAGCAUAUCCUCCCCAAGUUGUUCCAACCAUUUCAUUUGCGGGAACUGGAUGCAGCCGAGUACGAGGAAAUCACAGGGACCCCACGUCACAGUCGUAGCUUAUCACGCAAGGAGAGGGAAUCGAUUCAGUUGGACGGUGAUGGGAGUGUGGAAGUCUGUGAUGCUGAGAUAUUGGAUGAACUCACAACCAGCAGAGGGGAGAUUAAGCUUAGAUCUUCGAGCUUCAACGAUGAGAGGCAUUCUCAGGUUUACCCAGAUCAAGCGGGGUCCUGAAUUGAGCGAGAUCUUUGAACUGAUCGUAAUGGGAAACUGGUGGUGUGAGAUCUUUCAACUGAUCAUAACGGGAAACUGGUGGUGUGAUAUCUUCUUUGGAAACAACAUUGGGAAGAAAACAAAUGUAGUCAGAAUGUGUAAUUUCGCAUUGGUUUUUUUUUUUUUUUUGGUUAGAGCCAUUAAUAGAAUGUGCAUAAGGACAUUUAAGAGUUCACCAAUCAUUUCUUCUAUUUUUACAUUCAUAAUGGGAAAACAGAGAAAAAUUGUGCAUAGGCAUUUGGGUGUGUUCUUGAGGAGGGCUUGAUGAGGAAUCUAACUUGUUUCCAAGAAUAUUUUACACAAACUUCCUAACAAAUCCGUCCUUCUCUUAUUA